CCUGCCUCGGCCUCCCCGCUUCGGGCUAGUCGCUGGCAUUUUCGCUUUUCUCCCGCAUCUAAAUGAGGACGCGCCGUUGUCUUUACGCAGCGCUGGCUUGUUGCGCCCUGGAGAUGUUAUGCCUGCAGGCGCAGGUGCUGCCUUACACCCCCUCCCGGGGGUCUCGGUGCCUCGACCCCAAAGAAGAGUAUUACGAAGAAAGCGUGCACAAAUGUUGUCGCUUGUGCGGUCCAGGUUUCCGGGUGCUUCAGAAGUGCAACGAGACUCACAACACGCAGUGCGCAGACUGCAAGGAAGGGUCAUACAAAGAGGGCUGGAAUCGGGCCCGGUUGUGUUUCAGUUGUUCACCACAAUGCAAAAAAGGAUUUGUGGAGGAAAGGCCUUGCACCCCCACCCAGAACAGAGUCUGCUGGUGUCCCCCAGGCCACUUUUGCAGCUCGGCGGUCUCUGAGAAAUGCUACCACUGCCAGCCCUACCAGAAGUGCGAGAUCGGACACGGAGUGGUCCAGGAAGGCACGAGAGAAACGGACGUGGAGUGCGCCCCGUGCCAACCGGGCACCUUCUCUGACCACGAGUCUGACCGGAAAGUCUGCACCCGGCACCGGAUCUGCCAACCGGUGCUCGUUCCCGGAAACAGCAGCCACGACACCGUUUGUGGCAAUCCCGGUGGGCGCGUCAACGCCGGGACGACUUCUCCGCCACUCACAACCGUUACAAAGAGGCCACCGUUGCGCGCUGGGACCGAGAGGCCGACCUUUAACGAUCAGGAUCCGUCAGCAGACACCGGGAAGAUUGUCGGCAUGACGGCUAUCCCGCUGGUGCUGCUAGUCCUCAUUGGCUUCGUCGCCUUCAGAAAAAGUGGCCAAAAGUGUCUUCCCAUGUGGGAGAAGAAAAAACAGCCUUUCUUGCCGGCUGAAAAAUUCCCGGGCAAGUGGCCACAGGUUCCAGAGGCUGUGGGGCAGGAGAAGUACAGCCUCUUGCAGACGUCGCCCUCCGGCCUUUGGGACGGUCCAGCCGGGUCUGAGAAGAGCCAAGAAAGCAGCAAUGGAGACCCCCACCGGGUGAAAACGGACAGCGUCGAGCAGGAAUCGCUCCCCCUGAACGACGGGCCGUGCUGCAGCACCGUGGAUUCAAGGAUUUCAGGAAACGGGAAGGCCCACGUGAACGUGAGCUGCGUGGUCAGCAUCUGCAAUGGAGGGGGCCACAGGGCUCCCUCUCCGGCCUUGAGCCCCUCGGGGGCCGCCCACCCCAGACCCCGCCCAGACCUUCCUCUCUCGCAGGAAGAAACUGCCGCCAGAAGAGGCUCCGGCCAACAAAUUGCGGUGGAGGUAGAUGACAGCAUGGACUUCUUCGACCCCAGGGGGGGGAAGCCCCUCCCGCUGGGGGUCCAAGACGCCGGCAUGAAGAGCUCCUGAGAACGACGGUCCAGCCGGCCGGCCGGCCAGCACAGACAAUAUUCCAGGCCAACCACUUCCACUCUGCUCGAGAAAUCCUACGAAAGACGAUAAGGCAGAAACAAAGUUGGCAAAGGGAAAAAAAAAACCUGUUUUGCAAUGAUUUGUUUAGCGAUGGCACUGGAAAAAAGCGAUCCUCGCACUUACGACCGUCCCUACGGCCACACGAUCAAAAUUGGGGCCUUUGGCAACUGGAAUGUAUUUACGACCGUCAUAGCGUCCCAACAAACCUUCCCGGCUGGCUUCUGAUGGGCAAAUUCAAGGGAGGGAUUGGGGGGAGGAGAGCUGGAUUCGCUUAACGACCAUGUGAUUCACUUAACGACAGCAUCACAAAAAUGAUUUUUUUAAAAAGCUAUCAAUCCGUUUGUUGAUUUGGGGAUGAGGAAAGGGUUUGAUCCUCAGGAGCCCCACCCUUUAAUUUGGGGGAGAUUUAGGGAACUCUGCAAAUGGGGGGGGGGAGAGGAAAGUCUUGGACAUAAAUUGAAUUUCUCAGGGUUUUUUUUUCUCCUUUUGUUCCUGGAGAGAUAAAACGGUGAAGCUUAUUUUGGGCUGAACUUUCAGUUUUGGGGGCAUUUUGCUCCCUCAAAGAACAGGAAGCCGAAAUUCAAAAACGCGGAGUGGAUCCGAAUCUCGGAGGGAAAAAAAAUCCGGGAAAGGAGAGCUAACUUUGGGAAGAAAAUCUCGUAGUUUAGAGAAACGAUGGUGCUGGAUGGAGCGGAAAAAUAGGCAGCUUUGGAUCAAAACCAUCCUUUUGGGAAAAAUAAGGGCAUUUUCGGUCCUCCCCCGAAGCUUGAAAGCAUUCUGGCAGUCCUCACUUUACGACUGUUCGUUUAGUGACUGUUGGAAGUUGCAACGGCACUGAAAAAAUCGACUUAGGGCCGUUUUUCACACUUAGGACCGUCACGGCGUCCCCCGUGGGUCCCGUGAUCAAAAUUGGCAGC